AUGGUCAGCAAGUCGUCUGCUGCGACCCAAGUCCCAUUGGCCACCUUCACUUGCAAAAGCUGCCGGCAGCGUAAACGUCGGUGUUCUCGAGAAAAGCCGCGCUGCGAGCGCUGCGCCCGGCUUAAUAUCCCCUGCGUGUACGAGCUUCCCCCUAAACACCUGAGGCGUAUGCCCAGCUACUCUCCGGUCGCGGAGGGUGCGAGCUACAGCGGGCAGCCCCAAGCACGCUCGCAGACUGCUGCAGCUGAUGCGAUCUUGGCACCAAGACUCGCGCUGAAGGCCCAGUUUUCGACUAGUCUGAGCCUUGCUUCUCAUCUCGAGAAGGACCCGUUUGUCUUUGAAUUCGCAGUUUCCGCAAUUGUCUGCGGUCCCCAGCUAGCUAGCCAGUCAAACACUAAUAGCAUGGGCCAUGUCUGGUUUGCUCUUACUCUGCUCUUCAAUGAGGUUUUGAAAUCGCAAACUCGUGCCCUAGCACUCCCACGCGCCCCGCCGUCUGCUGGUAGCGUGUCUCCAGUUGGCGGUGCAACCUUGAAUUCAUUGGUGGGCGAAAUAGCCAGUGCACUGCCACCCAUGGUGGCGGUGGAGUCCUACAAAAUACAGUUCUAUCAGAACGUCUACACUGCAAUGCCCGUUCUCAACAUUCAGAGGUUCGAGCUUUUUCUCGAAAAAACCGUCCUUUCGAAUUCAGAUGGUUCCCUUCAUCUGAAUGUGGACUCUGCCGAACGUUUAGAAGCGCUCCCAUUCUUGGCCAUCUUACUUAUUGUUAGCCGAAUGGGGUACAUGUGCUUGUGCCUUACCAAUGAAAGGGCGGAGGCAGACGAAGCGUACCAACAGGAAUUGAAAGCAUGGUUAUGUGAAAAUCCGGUUUCUCGAGACGUUGUGGGGCUAGUCAAACGGUGUCUCGACAUUUACGAAAACCCAACAGAGAUGAGACUGUGUUGCUUGAUAUAUCUGCGUGAACUAUUAGUCCUGGAAGACCCCAAAAUGUGGAUGGUUGACGGCAUGGGUGAGGAAGAGAUGCUCAAUGACUUGGAGCACCUGGCGAUCAGUCUCAAUCUUUUCAACAAUGCACUAGAUGUCAAUAACUCCCGAAAUGAUUCCAACGCAACUGUACAGGAGCAACUGUACCGGCGGAAGUUGUGGCUCUCAACGUGCUCGAUAAGCUUGCAUGAACAUACGCUGAACGGAGGCAGUUCACUUCUCAAAGCAAAUCAAAUUCGUCAAUUUUCAGACCACCAAAGAGUAUUUGAUGAUUACAGGCUCAUCUCACAAAAAGAGCUGCCAUUGGACGAUCAGAUAGAGCUGGAUUACCAUAUUAUGCUUCUAAAAAAUCAUCAAUUUAUGGAGGCUCUAUGCGAUAUUGAGGAAUCUCAUCAUAGUAACGAAGACUUUUUAGUAAACAAAAUUCAGGAGAACGAAAGGCUGAGUUUCUUUUUCAAAGAAGGUUUCCCCGAAGCCAGCACUAUCAACAAGCUCGACCUAGAUUUGCCCCUUCACUUGUUAUGCAAUGCCGGCCAAAUUCCAAUCAAUAUCGGAUCAGUCAAGCAAAUUGCGGUAUUGCAAACGCGUUUUGCUCUACUGGUCAAGCAAUUAUCCAACGCAUCCCUUCUAAUGUUCUACUUUGAGAAAGAAUAUAAACAUUCUUGCUCGGCUGAGCAUUUUGAAAGUUUCGAGGACCACUUGUUUGACUGUUUAAGAAUAGUAAAAACGCUCUUCAACUGUUAUUACGACUACUCUUUUGGACAUUUAUUCGAAGUAACACCAAAGCCUAUGCGUUACAUUUUGGCGAAUACUAUGUCACCCGUGUACAAUAGAGUCACGCUUGUGCUUCAUGGCCUGACGCUGAGGUUUUCCUUUUCCCUGAACCUUUCUAUUACCGCAAAACAGCCCGAAAGGCUCCAGCUUUUAAAAUCUAUCUUGGCUAGCUUUCGAAGCAUCUUAUCGACCACGAAUGACUGUAUGGCAAUGGAGUUUUUAGUCCCAGCCGCGAAACAGCUUAACAGUCAUUUCUUGAUGCUACUUGACUGUAAAAAAUUGUUUUCAGCUUUAAACAGGUACGAAUCCAUGUCAAUGAACGACAUAGCCAAGAGUAACUACGCAACAAGUUGCCUACCGGGAUACGCCAAAUAUUAUAGUGUUGGUAUUCAACAGCUUAGCAUUGAAUCGCUGAAAAAUAUUCAGCGGAUGUUAAAGGCCAUAGGCUCACAUGUCACUGACGUUCGCUCAGCCGCAAGUUACCCAGAAAUCUUAGAGUUCACAACUCAAUGA